GGUGUCUGUGGACCGGGAGGCGGAGAGUGAGAAACAGAUCGGACAGCCGGGUGCCUGUGACCAUGAACCCGGAGUUGGAUCUCGCUGAGACUGUGGCGGUGAGCGGAGCUUCCCUUCAAAACGGCCUGUCCGAGCACCGUGAGGCGCCGGAGAAACAACACAGGCUCCACCGGGAGGCGGCGUUGCUGGCUAGAGUCCGGCAAGACUCUGAGGGAGGGGACAGCGAGUCGGAAGAGGCGGCGGGCGGCUUUCCCGAAGCGGCAGCGCCUGGGGAGGAUGGUGUCGAGGGUGAACGGCCUGAGGAUGGACAGAACGGCUUGCAGUGGAGACAGGCCGGAUCGUCCUGCAGCUUCCCGUGUGGGAAAGACUUUAUCGUGACAGCCAAGCUGCGACAUGAGCUGACCCACUCCGACGAGUGGCCCAUCAACUGCCGGACGUGUGGCAAACGUUUCUCCCAAAUGCCCUCCGUGCACAAGGGGCAGCGGCCAAACAAACGCAGCGGCAGUGGGCAGGCCUUGACCAGUGUCUUGGCGUCACGGGGUGAUACAGAGCAGGGACCACACAGGCAGGCACAGUGCAGUAGGACCAUCAACCACAUGGCCGCCCUCCAUGACCUUAAGCACCCUUUCGAGUGCCCCGAGUGUAGCAAAGGCUACCAGCCCCGUGCCACCCGGCGUCAAUGCCAGCAGUUCCACAGUGCCCCGCGCCGGUACAGGAACAGGCAGUGUGGCCAGACCUACCACCCUCUGUGCCACCUGCAGCGCAAGCAGCCGGCACACACCGAGAACAAGCCCCGUGGCUGUGCGGAAUGCCAGACUUUGACCUUUGUGAAGGAGCUUUAUCAUCAGCGCAGGGUCAGGUCUUUCACCUCUUCCCAGCGUGGCCCCUCCCUAAACCGGCUGCAGAAGCUGAAGCCGCACCAGGAGGUUCACAGUGCAUUGAUCCCCUAUCCCAACAAGGGUUGUACGUCAGCCAGAGGCCUGGAGAAAGACAGCAGGGUGCACAGCCCAGAGUUGAGGCCGUUCACCCGUGGCAGAGCUCUCAGCCAGGCCAGUAACCUCCGGAAGUGCAAGAGAUUCCUCCCCAAGGGUGACGGAGACCAAGGCGCGGACCAGGGGUCAAGCAGGGUACCAGGCCAGGAAGAGGUCAGGGGGUCAGACGGGGGACCAGGCAGGGCGACAGACCAGAGGUCGGGCCAGGAAGAAGGCAGGGCACCUGACAGGGCACCGAACUGGGUGAUGGGCCAGGGGUCAGAGGGGGCAACGGGGCAGGGCUCAGGUGAGAGACUGGAAAGGAUGACAGAGCAGGAGUCAGGCAGAGGACCGGAAAGGGCGACGGAACGGGGGUCAGACGGGGGCUCGGAAUGGGUGAUGGAGCAGGGGUCAGACGGGGGACCAGAAUGGGCGACGGAGCAGGGGUCAGAGGAGGAAUCGGAAUGGGCGACAGAGCAGGGGUCAGACAGGGGUGCCGACCACUCCAGCAGCUGCCCAGAGUGUUUUGUGGUGUUCGGUGAGGAGUCACAGCUGCAGCAACAGCUUACACGCCAGUCGGGGGACCGUCCCUUCGAGUGUGCGGAUUGCGGAAAGGCCUUCACUCGACUGCGGGGGCUACAGGACCACCAGCGGAUCCACACAGGGGAGCGGCCUUUUAUCUGCAUCGAAUGUGGCAAGUCCUUCACGCGAAUGUCAGCGCUGAGGGUUCACCUGCAGGUACAUGGGGGUGACAGGCCCUACCAAUGCAGUCUGUGCGGAAUGAAGUUCGCCUUUGGCUCCCGCCUGCGCCGUCACAUGAGGACUCACACAGGCGAGCGACCGUACGUCUGUACAGAAUGUGGCGUGGCCUUUGCUCAGUCCUCCAACCUCAAGGAUCACCAGCGCAGUCACUCUGGGGAGAAGCCCCACGUGUGCCGUGAGUGUGGCCGUGCCUUUGUGUCUUCCUCGACGCUGGUCAAACACCUGCGUACUCACACCGGCGAGAAACCCUACAAAUGUGAUCUGUGUAGGAAGUCCUUCACCCAGUCUUCCACCCUGAAGAGACACAAGUGCCCAGUGGCCCAGCAGCAGCUGGAGGCAGGAAAAACUGGGCAGGAUCGAGCUGCUGCGGACGAGACAGAGAGGAUGGAGCAGGAAAUACUUUGUAUCUGUGAAUGUGGUAAACCGUAUGUGAAGCGAGGGCGUGGCGAGCCACAGCGCUGUCCACAUACAACCCAGGGACAUUGCAAGGGCAAGGCUGCAUUGUAAGGGUAUCCGAUGCCGAGACAAUGUACUGGCGGGAUACUUUCUGCCAGGGCCUGUUGGUCAGAAGUGUUGGCAAGGGUACAGUGGGUAGAGAGUUGAUAAUUGACACUGUUCACAACAAGUAACCCACAGGAUGCCGAUUCAGAGAAGGGAUUGUUCCCUCCUGAUAUGUGUUCUCAGAGUAUGGCUUCUGGUUGGUGAUCCUUAGCAGUCUGAGGCAAGCCUGCAGCUGCUAUGAACAGGGCAAAUUACAACCUGCCUGUGCCAAUGGUUUAGAUGUAAAGGGCAAGGUGAUACUCCAGCCUUUCACUUACUGCGUCUAUCAGUGUUUUAAUCGGCCACUAAGCGUGCAAGGGGCCCUCGCUGCUCACGAGCAGAGGGAGGAAGUGUCUCUCCUUGAUUAAAGACUUCUUCCUGAAAGAACACCAACUGACCAAUAGGAAAUCCGCCAUCUCUUGAGAGCCUGGAGGCUGCCCUGUUACAGUUUGAGAUGCGAUUGCUGGCAGAGUGGUAUCCGAGGCCCCUUGCCAGUACCCAGGGGGGAGGGGGAGGUCUCACUGCCGGCACCUGGGAAAGAGGGGGACCCUUACUGCCGGUGCAUGGGGUCACACUCACUGGGCACUAAAUAGGAGCCAUCGCUUUGCUGGAAUCUAUAAGUCCACGUUGGGCCAGUAUCUUGAGAGAGGAGCAGGCACGAUGAGGGGGUUACACGCUAGUGCGCCGCUGAGACAGGGUGAGGGGGUUACACGCUAGUGCGCCGCCGAGACACGUGAGGGGGUUACACACAUAUCAAGAGGACAGGGUGAGGGGGUACACGUGCAUCGACAUUAGAGGAGUGUGAAAGGAGACACUUUUGGACAGGGGUCUGUAACCUGCAGGUUUGGAUCACGUGUGGCUCCCAAUGUUUUCUAGUCAGAUCACAUGAAAAUGAUUUAAUUUUCUUUUUAGUUUUUUUUUCCAUGAGAAGUAAGAGCCAUAUUUUUAUUGUGGAGAUAAAAGGCUAAUCAUUACACUGCACUUUAUAGUUUCAUCUUAACAAAAAACAUCACUGUGCUUGAAAUAAACAUGAGUGGUACAGCUACAGCAUGGUUAUAGAUAAUGCCUUUGCUUCCAGGGACAGGUUUUGUGGUUGCGAUCACAUGAUUGUUUCUAAUAUAGCGGUGACCAUAAAUUAUUCUGAAUGUUAUUAGAACCUAUUAUUUUUAUCAUGAGAAUUAAUGGCAAAAGAAUUGUCUUAAUUCCAUGCGUUUUAAGUUAAAGUUUGUUCUGAAGAUGAGUUUACUGACGAUUAUAUUAAUAAAACAGCAAAAAAUAUUUCAGUUCGGUCUAUUUAACUGAUUUUUGUUUCUAU